AGAUGUUACUUUUUAUAGGCGCCCACCUUACUAACUCUUGGCAGGGACAUUUUACUUUAGAAGACGGCAAAAAGGUACAAACGCCGACGUUUUGUGAAGCUAAAUUACGGUUUCAACUGAAAGACAUGUCUCUGAAAUGCAGAGAAAAUGUUGUCUCUUUAAUGAGUUAGUUUAUCAUGAAUUGAAUGUGGAAUGAGGGAGUUCAACCAUUGUUGUCAGUUUUGGAAUCUCAAUCGGGAGUGUUUCUGGAAAGAUCAAUACGGAAUUUAUUCUGAUCCGCAUUGGAAAAAACUUGAAUUUAAGUCAUCUAAAAAUUGUUGUAAAAGAAGAUUUUUUCCACAUGCAGCAAAUGUCAAAAGAAAUCGACAAGACGCCGAAAGUGAUAUAACCAAUAUUAGUCAGCACACCAAUUCUAUAAGUAGCCAAGAGAGUCAGCAAGGAAGUCUUUCCAGUCCUGAAACACAAGGCGAUAGUGGACAGACAUCUCCGCAUUCUUUAGCCUCUGAAUCGCCAAGUUUGCCAACCUCACUUACUACAAAUGGUGUCCUGAGUUCUAUGGCAAGUCCUAAUGAUUCGCCGUCGUAUAACUCAACUUCAGCCUGGGGAAUGUGUGGCACGGAACCCACUGUAAAAGUCGAGCACUUAGCAACAGCGGAUGCCUCCCAUAUCGAUUCUGGUUACCCGACAAGUGCAGACUCUUUAGCAAAUUAUGCAGGUGAUAUAAGUCCUGGUAAAGGGGCAACAGCAAUUGAUUUUACAGGUUCCUAUCCUUCGUCCUACUAUAGCAGUAUGCAAGCUUAUCAGCAAUUUGGAGCUCAAAAUCCUGCGUAUUCAAUGCAAGCAGCGUCUAAUUUUUACAAUCAAGCAAGUCAAGCAACAGCUUACAACGUCCUAUCACAGUCAUAUGGUGUAACAGGUGGUCGAGCCUUAAGUCACCAAAGCGGGAAAAAUAACAGCAGUUCGCUGUCUCAAAGUUCAUACUUAAAUCCCUAUGGAACUCACUUUCCUGCUGGGAAUGGCACACAAACCACACAAAACCCAUACACAUAUGGAAGCGCGUAUACGACAAGUGGUUUUUCCAGCAACGCUACAAAUGCACAAUCUUAUUCUUCUCAACAGGGUGUAGACUACAGUUCUUACAGUGGUUAUAGUCAAAGUGGUUAUCCUUAUUAUCCAACCCAAGGAUACCCAUACAUACCACCUACGAAUAGUGGAUCACCUUUGGGAUUAGCUAAUUCCUCUAACGUUCCAACAACAGCUACAUACCAACUUUCACAACUCCCACCUUGUUCAACAUCAGAUGUUUCUCAAUAUGUCCUAGACAACCAUCAUUCAACAUCGCCGGUGAAAUUAGAAACAACGAACGGUGCAAGAGAAACUCUCAUAAAAAAAGGUGGUAAAACAGGAAAAGGACGAGGUCGAAGACUAAACAACCCAAGUCCCGAUCCUGAAAAUAAUCUGGAAAGGGUGUUCGUUUGGGAUUUAGAUGAAACUAUCAUUAUAUUUCAUUCUCUUCUCACUGGUUCUUUCGCCACUCGAUAUGGAAAGGAUGCACCAUUAUCAGUCUCCCUUGGGCUCAGAAUGGAAGAAAAAAUCUUCAAUUUAGCUGACACACAUUUUUUCUUUAACGACUUAGAGGAAUGUGAUCAAGUUCAUAUUGAUGAUGUUUCAUCAGAUGACAAUGGACAAGAUCUGACGAAUUACAAUUUUCAAGCUGAUGGUUUUCAUGCGGCAGCAUCAAAUGCUAGCAUAUGUCUAGCUACAGGAGUGAGAGGUGGCGUUGAUUGGAUGAGGAAGCUAGCUUUUCGAUACAGAAGAAUUAAAGAAGUGUACAACCAAUACCGUAAUAACGUUGGAGGUCUUUUGGGCCCAGGGAAGAGAGAAGAUUGGCUUCAACUUCGCUCUGAAAUUGAAGACCUAACUGACAAUUGGGCAACUUUGGCCCUUAAAUGUUUAUCAAUCAUUCAUUCCAGGUCGAGCUGUGUUAAUGUAUUAGUGACAACUACUCAGCUAGUCCCAGCCCUUGCGAAAGUUCUGCUGUAUAAUUUGGGAGGUGUCUUUUCUAUAGAAAACAUAUACAGUGCUACAAAAACAGGGAAAGAUUCUUGUUUUGAGCGUAUAGUGUCCAGAUUUAGUCGGAAAUGUACUUAUGUCGUUGUUGGGGAUGGUCGAGACGAAGAGCAUGCGGCAAAACAGAUGAAUUUUCCCUUCUGGAGGGUAAGCAGUCAUUCAGACCUUGCAGCUCUUCAUCAUGCAUUAGAUUUAGGACAUCUGUGAAGUGAUUUCAUAUUUUUAUCAAGGUUCUCCAAAGAUUAAAUAAAAUGCAUCCCCUAGCGGAUUGCCUUUUCCGCUCUCACGAUCAAAGCCUUCUUGACUGAACUAGCUUUCGUGUACAAAAAUUGAUCGAGGAGGCUUAAAAAAAUAUGGGUGCAAUACCGAGAGACAUAUGAAUGACACCUGUAAUCAUUCCAAGACUACGACACCAAGAAUGAAUGACUAUGUCAACUCAUUUACUCAAAUGAAAUGACACUCCUGUAUAAAAGUCAUCAGAUUGUAGACACUUUCAAUCAUUGCACAAAGAUCUCUCUAUAUUUUUAGAUCAGUGUUUCUUCUGCAGACUGUUCGAAAUAUAUCAGUUCCUUUCUAAAAAAGCUCGAAUUCGGAGAAGCGGGGCUUCUGAGGUGGUUUUUUCUUUGGAAUACAUCUUGGAUUCGACUGAUGAAAGACUGUGUUGUACAUAUAUAUAAAAAAAAAAAUAUGAAUGAAUAUUUUGAUGACAAAAAAGACUUUCUUAUUUUGACUGUUGUAACCAAAUUGGACAAUCUUUGAAAGCUUUGAUUGAUAGAUUUGAUUGUUUAAUAGGCAAAUCUGUUUCCCGCAAUGACCUGAUCCAAGAUUGCUUUGAAAAGCACUUGUUAAUUUGUAAACUUAUGAUAUGUUUUUCCAUUCUUUUUGGAAAAUAUGAAACUUAAAAAUGGUCCUUUUUUUUGUAAUUAUGCACACAGUUUUAAAAAUGAAUAAAAUGUGAUGCAUUAUCUGAUUUCAAUAAUAGUUUUCUUUUUUAGUUAUUUAGGAAUUAUAGGAAGAAAAAAAAAUGCUUGUAAUAUUGUGAAAUGUAGUGAUAGCGAAUUUAAGUUUUUCCCCCUCCUCUACGUAUAAAACAAUUUUGCUGAAUUUUAUUUUGAACUACAAUAUCACAAUAUCUGUGAUAAUUAAGUAAGCAUCCAAUAUUUUUUAUUUCAAAAUUCCUGUUUUAAGGAAAAUGUGUUUUAUGUAUUCAAUAAAAAUGUUAAGUGUGUUACAAAUUAUUAAAGAUAAUGAUAAUUGUGCAUGUUAAAUUUCAUUAUUUGGCUCUUUUUUAUAAAACUUGCUAAAACAGUUUAAUCUCUUCUAAGAACUUAAGGUAUGAAACUAGUCUGAAGUAUAUAAAUUGAAAAAGUCUAGAAUUAUAUAAAUAUAUCAGUUUUCAUCAUAUUUAGAGAUAAUCAUUAUAUUCAGAUUUAUUAACUACUUUAGAGUUUUCGUAACUUCUAUGGAUUUCAUUUCCAUUUUUACAGAAUAAAGGAUAGUUUUUAAAAACUACGGACAGAAGCAAUUUCCCUCUUUUUAUUGAAUCCUAUUCUGGUAAAUGUUUUUGUUAAAUGCCCAACUCCUUAUUGUAAGCGUCGUUUAAACAAAUUGGAAUAAACUUAUUUAUUGUGACCAAACAAAUCCAUUAAUUUCUCCCUUAAUUAAGUUGCAAAAAGUAUUUUCCGAUAAUUUUUGUAAAUUCUGACUGUCUUUGUCGGCCUUGGAGAUAUGUCUUAGACUAAUUGAAAAUAUGACUCUUUGGAAAUGUAACCUUCAUUUUGCAAUGUGCCAGGCUAAUUGAAAAAGUCACAAGUCACUUGUAUUUUUAUUUGUGUCUGAUAUUUUUCAAGCUUAUUAAAAUCAACGCACAUGUCUUUGGGCAAAUUAAUAAAUGUACAAAGACUUAUAAACUUACUAAAUCAACCUGACUUAGACUCAUUGAAACGGUCAUAUGAAUAAAGAAACACUUUGAAUAAAAAAGCAUAGAGAAUCAAAUUAAUUGAUCUGAUAGUUAGAAUAUUAUUAAGCACUUGCGCUAAUUUGAUACAUUUUCGAAUGAGCCUAAAAGCAUUUUAUCUAAUUUUAAAUUUCCCAGAAGUAUCUAGGCUUUUGGCAAUUUCUCUAAAAAGUGUUACAUAGAUUAAAAAAUUAUAGAAAAUAUUUUCCCAACAGCUAAGUGCAUUGACGAACGAGGACGGUUUGCAAAUAGCCAAAUUUUCCAAUAAGCCUAUAACGUGCAUAUACUGAUACUUUAAAAAACUAAACAUUUACUAAAAAAAGUAAAUUUUUGAAUUAUCAAAUAAAAAAUUAACAUUUAAAUAUACUACGGAAUUAACUCCGUAAAUACGAAAAAUUAAAAACUACGUUCAGUGGAAAAGAAUCACUUGGUAGUCAUUUUUAUUUUAUUUCCAAAAGAAUUCAGAAAUGUUGUAAAAUCAAUUUAUAAUAAAUUCAGUCCUGAUAAUCAAUGACUAUUUACUUAAAUAAUUUGUUUAUUUAAUUAUGCUAUUCAAUAAAUACUUAGCGGUAUUUACAAUAAAAUGAUUUCCUUUUUUUUUUCUUCUUCCAAUUUUUAUUUCUGAGAAGCUGAAUGAUUCCAGGUUUUUACUUUUAAAGAAUAUCAACCAAAGGAAUUAUUGUAUAGAAAAAUUAUGUAAAUAACUUGUAUGGAAAAAGUAAGGCACCUAUUUCUUACAUCACUUAUCUGAAGCGAAAUAUGCAAAGCGAAUAUGAAAUUUUAUCUGUAUUUUGUAAUUUGUAAAGAGCAGUUAGAGAAUUUCGAAAACAUUUUCGAAUUUUUGUUUCUGUAAUAUGCUAACUGAAAUUCUUUAUGUAGUUAUUAUUUUAUUUGUAAGGAAAUAAAAUAAAUAUGGUUUAUUUCUGUGCUUUA